AUGUGCGCACUACGACCAGAAAGCACUUUAUCCACAUGGAGGUCCUCGCCUAAGAUUCCUACGCGGAGGUAUGGUCUAGAUAUCUGCCGAUUCUUGGUUUCUAUCGGGCCAAACACAAGAUUCGUCAGACUGGCCAUGAACGGCUACAUACUGGGGGGCGGUGGCUGUGGCAACGAGGAAACCUUAAAACCAGUCAUGCUGGUUAGCACAUCAAAGAUCUGCAUUGCGAGAUCCAAGCGAAGGGUCGAAUUCAUUGCAACGGGAUUAAUCCAGGAAUAA